UAUUACUCAUCAGUUGUUACUCUCUCUCUCUCUCUCUCUCCCUCUCUCUCUCUGGUGUAGACGCAGAUAUAUUUCAUUGAAAAACACAAAGCCACACAGUGCCAGAAGUAGUAGCCUCGAUCUAAUGAGUUGUUGCAAACGACAAUGGAUUUCUCGGGGGUUGAGCAGAGAUUGAGGUCUUUAUCAUUGGGCAAGUGGAUCUGCGCGGCAUUUAUACUGUUUGUAGCGAUCAUAGAGGUGUUAAUUUUUGUUGUGACCGGUUGCUUUAGACGCCAUCCCCGCCCAACCAAUCGCCGUUUCAUUUUUGGCGAUAUGUCUAUCAUCGCCGAUGAAACCAGAUUUACUGUUAAUGAGCUGGAGGUAUUGUAUGAGCUGUUUAAAAAGUUGAGCAGUUCAAUUAUCGACGACAGAUUGAUUCAUAAGAUGAAGAAGAAGAAGAAAAUCUGAAAAAUCGACCUAGGCGGGACAACACCGCAGCGAGUUCACUCUAAACAUUAAGGGUAGGCACCAGGGAGAUAGGCGGCGCUUGGGAAUGUUUCACAGUAAAUCAAUCCAAGAGUUCAAUUUUUUCUUUUUCUUUUUGUUCGUGGGAAUGUUUUCCUUUGACUACGUAAGUUUGGAUGUUGUUUUACUGGGUGGUAAUCAGAGCUUGUGGAGAAUUUAGUACUCACAACUUCUUCUAUGACAUAGUAUUAAUAGUGUAUUUUUUUCCUUUUUGUAGAGGUAUUUUCUUUUGCCUUUGCGAUUGUAUGUGGUGUAACUAUGGACAAUUGGAGGUGGUUUCUGCAAAAGAUAUUGAAUGUCU